AUGUUUACAAUUUAUUCGGUUAGGAUAUAUAACCUGCUUAUGGUGUUUUUAGUAACUGUGCUUGUAAUGCCUUUUUUAAGUGUAUUUUUGACAUCAUUUAAGUGUGAUGGAGAAAUGAAUUGUGAUUCUAUCCUUUAUUACAUAAUGGUAAUUUUGUCUUCUUUUGGAAUUGUAUUACUAUUGUUUUGUCUAAUAUUUUUUGAAAUAUUUUUAGUUGAUUACAAGUAGUAUUUAAUAUUAAAUUAGCCCAUUUACUCCAAUUCCUUAUGCUUCUAAAUAUACAAAGUUAAAUUGGAUUGAAUUAUUAUUCAAAAUAUAUUUACCAUUUUUUGCUGUUAUGGAUCCAUAAUAAAAUGCUGAAAAACCAUUUAUAACCAUAUUAUGUAUAUUAUACGGGAUGAUGAUAACUAUGAGAUUAAAAACAAGGUAAUUUAUUGAAAAUAGCGUUAAUAUAAGUAAAUUAAGUUAAACAUCCUUAUUAUUUUGGUUUUCAUUUGUUUCAGUUUGUCAUGCAUUUUUAGAUGAAGGAGAAGUAGAUGAUAUGGGAUUCUUUUAUGAAAUAGUAUGUUCACCUAUUGUUGUAUAUUGUUGUUUUAAAUUAAACAAAAGUCCUGAAUUAAUGAUUCAUAUGAAAAAAGAUAUCUAAUUAGAAGAAACAGUUUAAGAAAUGAUAUUCUUGAUAGAAAAUAGAGAUAAACCAAUGAAUAGAAUGAAAUUAGAAGGAUUUGUUAAAUUACAUUAGAAAGAUUGUUUAAAAUCUGUAGAACUAUGUCCAUGUUCUUUAAUACAUUAAGAUACAUUGAGAAAUUAAGAUAAUGAAAAAACAAAUGAUAAAUAAUCUUUAGAUAAAACAAUUAGAUGGUAUGCUUUUGUUUAAGCCCUUAUUUAGAAUUCGUCUGAUAGACUUCAGACCACAAGAAUCUAAAUAAUUCGAUCAUAUGUAUUAUAAAAAAAAUUAAAGAAUAAAUUUAAAGCAUUUUAUGAAUUGGCUAUUGCUCAAAAAUAAAGAUUGUAAUUUUAGGAUGAGUUUUGUAUAUAUAGAGUGAUGAAUUAAAUUGAAUUGGAAAUGAUUGAAUAAGAUAAGAAUUAAGAGAUAGAUGUUUAAUAAAUAGUAAAUUUUUAAAAUUACUAUAUAUAAUUUGAAACCGCAAUAGAGAAAUCAGUUAAUUUACAUUUAGAAUAUUGGAGAGAAUUAUAAGAAGAAUCACCUGAUAUAGGUAAACUAUAAUAAUUGGGAUCAUUAAUAACAUCAUCAAUAGAUGAAACAGAAUAACUUUAUGAUAAAUUAAUUAAAAUAAAUAAUAUUCAUUUGAAAACUUUAGAAAUAUAUGGAAAUUUCUUAACUCAUGUAGUUAAUAAUGAUAUAGAGGGAACAAGAAUCAUUGAUAAAUCAGAUUAAAUAAGUAAGAAUUUGGAAAUAAAUCGGAUAAUUGAUAGUGAAAAAUUCAAAUAUGAUUAAAAUAGUGAUACUUGUAUAAUUACAUGUUCAGUCAAUUUAGAAAAUUUAGGUGCUAUUACAAAUUGUAAUAAUGAGAUAUCAAAAUUAUUGGGUUAUAAGAAAGCUGAUUUAUUAAGAUCAAAUAUAUCUAGAAUAAUGCCUAGAAUAUUAGCAAGUGUUCAUGAUGAUUUUAUUAGAAAUUUUAUUUAAACAAGUUAAAGUAAAGUAUUAGGAAUAGAAAGAUAAGUAUUUGCAUUAAAUAAAAAUGGAUUUUUAGUUCCAUGUUCUUUAAUGAUAAGAGUUCUACCAAAUUUAAAGAAUGGAUUAUAAAUAGUAGGUUUCUUAAAGAAAAGUGAUAAUACUGAUAAAUUCUUUUAUUUAAUGUUUGAUGAGAUCUCACAUUCUAUUUUAGGGUUUAGUGAAUCUGUAAAUGAUAAAUUUGGAAUUCCUGUUGGUGUAGUUAAUGGUUAAUUAGAUUUACCAAUUAUAGAUAUAGCACCAGAAUUACUUGAAUUAUGUAAAAAGUAAGGAGCUUUCAAUUUUACAAUUAAUACUACAGGAUUAUCAACUAAUUAUUAGAUUGUAUAAGAUGAAAGUCUUGAAGAUUUUUAAUAAUAAGAAGAUUAAUCUGCUUUUUAUGGGGUAUCUAGAGAUCCAUAUGAAUAAAAUAUAUUAUUAGAAAGAAAGGAAUAUAGCUAGAUAAAUGAGAAAACAGUUAAUAAUAAUGAUAAAUCUAUUUUAAAUGAUAAAACUAUUAUUGCACAUGAUUCUAAAUAGACAAAUCUUAGAAUUUAAAAGUAUAAAAGUGCUUUAGUAAAAGGGUUAUUAGUUGAAGAUUCAGAAUAUGCAAAUGCUAAAAUAAAAAUAAUUUAAUUUAUAGAAGAAUAAUAAGAAGAAUUAUUAAAUAAAAUAAUUGAAGAUAAGAAAAUAGAAGAAGAAGAAUAACCAGAUGUAAUUGAAAAUGUAAUUUAAUCAGAAGUAAGUGGAGGAUCAGGUAUCUCUGUAAAUGAAGAAAUUAGAUAAAUUAAAGAUUUUAAAAUAUAAAUGGGGGAAAAAUCGGAGGCAUCAAAAAUAAUAUUAUUAAAUAGAAUUAUCAUUCUAUUAAGUGUAAUUUUAAUUGUAUUAUCAUCUGUUCAGUUAGGAUAUAGAUUACAAUAAAAUAAUGAAAUUUUAAAUGGUCAUUCAGCAAUAACUAUGGCCUAUUAUAGAACAGGAGUAAUGGCUGAUGUAGUAUUCUAUACAAGAUAUUUAUAAUUAAUGGCUUAGGGAAAUGUUACAUAUGAUUAAAAUUUUAGAGAUAAAGUAAAUAAUAAUAAUACUAAUAAUUUUAGUUAAGUUUAUAAGUCAAUCAACUUAAAACUAUACAAUAUUCUCUCAUAAAGUCUAGAAUUGAUAUAGAGACUAAAAAGAAUGUAUUUUCAGAUGCUGCUAUAAAUGUUACAUAUAUAUAUGAUAAUAUUGAGUAGAAUUAUUCUAGUACAUUAAGUGAUGCUAUAUUUUAAUUAGUAACAUCUGCUUCUAUUAUAAGAAAUGCAUCAUUAACCUCAUUUAUUAAUCCUAAUAGUGUAAUUUAUUUAUAUUAUAAUGUAGACUGAAAAUACUGUUAAAAAUGUAUUCUUCAUUAUUAGAAAUGGAUAUCAAUUACUUAGAUAAGGCUCCUAAGAGGUUUCAGAAAUCUUUUAUGAUUUCUUUAUUUUCAUUAUAGGAGAUUAUAAUUCUAUCUUUUAUGCAGUUUUAUCACUUGCUAUUGCUUCAUUAAUUAUUACAUAAAUCUUUUUAAUACCAAUUGUUUUAAAAGUUCAUAAUAUCAAUAAUAAAGUCAUGUCUUUAUUUGGAUUAUUAACUUAAAAAGAUAUCAAAGAAUUAGCUACAAGGAGUGAAUAAUUCAAAUCUACUUUUCUUUCAAAUAUGUAAAAUACUAUUAAAGAAUAAGCUCAAGCAAAAGCUGAAUUAGAAAAAUAAUAAGAAAAACAGAAAAAAAUUAAAAAUUAAGAUUUAAAUGAUUAAUCAAAUGUAAUUGUUGAAAUUAAUAAUGAACAACCUUAACCCUCAAAUGAUAUUCCAUUAUCUUCUAAGUAAUUACCCUUACCGUCAUCUUUACCAACUCAUAAAAAUAUUGAUAAAUAACAGUUAUAAUAAUAAUAAGAACAUGAAGAAUAAUAAAUUUUAGACUAGGAAGCUAUGAGAUAAUAAAAACUCUUAAACUCUAAAGCAUCUAAUACAUUUUCAGUUUCUUCUAAAUUUAUCACCAUGAUGAUGAUUUUUAUGGCCUAUUUCAUUGUUAAUAUUAUAUUAGAAUAAUAACUAACCAAUUAAUCUGUUAUUAUUUAUGAUCAUCUAAAAUAUAGUUUGAUUAGAGCUUAUAAUCUUAAAUAUUCAAUUUAUUUUACUAUUGAAUAAAUCAUUCAAACUACUAAUUUUAAAGAAUAAUAUAUUGAUGCUUUAUACGAAAAUGAAAGACUAUGUUUAGAAUCAUUAUAACAAACAUUUUCAUCUUAAUUUGAUCCAUAUUUAUCACUCUAUAAUUUGUUUAAUUUAUAAAGUUUAUGUCUCCAAUAAUUUGAGACAGAUUAAUUUAUUUUAGAUGUAAAUCAAUGUUCUGUAUUAUCUGGAGGUAUAUUAGAUAGAGGUUUAAGAAAUUCAAUUACUUCCUUAGCCUUAUGGGCUAGUAAUACACUUACUACUGAUAUAAAAGNUAUUAUAAUGUAGACUGAAAAUACUGUUAAAAAUGUAUUCUUCAUUAUUAGAAAUGGAUAUCAAUUACUUAGAUAAGGCUCCUAAGAGGUUUCAGAAAUCUUUUAUGAUUUCUUUAUUUUCAUUAUAGGAGAUUAUAAUUCUAUCUUUUAUGCAGUUUUAUCACUUGCUAUUGCUUCAUUAAUUAUUACAUAAAUCUUUUUAAUACCAAUUGUUUUAAAAGUUCAUAAUAUCAAUAAUAAAGUCAUGUCUUUAUUUGGAUUAUUAACUUAAAAAGAUAUCAAAGAAUUAGCUACAAGGAGUGAAUAAUUCAAAUCUACUUUUCUUUCAAAUAUGUAAAAUACUAUUAAAGAAUAAGCUCAAGCAAAAGCUGAAUUAGAAAAAUAAUAAGAAAAACAGAAAAAAAUUAAAAAUUAAGAUUUAAAUGAUUAAUCAAAUGUAAUUGUUGAAAUUAAUAAUGAACAACCUUAACCCUCAAAUGAUAUUCCAUUAUCUUCUAAGUAAUUACCCUUACCGUCAUCUUUACCAACUCAUAAAAAUAUUGAUAAAUAACAGUUAUAAUAAUAAUAAGAACAUGAAGAAUAAUAAAUUUUAGACUAGGAAGCUAUGAGAUAAUAAAAACUCUUAAACUCUAAAGCAUCUAAUACAUUUUCAGUUUCUUCUAAAUUUAUCACCAUGAUGAUGAUUUUUAUGGCCUAUUUCAUUGUUAAUAUUAUAUUAGAAUAAUAACUAACCAAUUAAUCUGUUAUUAUUUAUGAUCAUCUAAAAUAUAGUUUGAUUAGAGCUUAUAAUCUUAAAUAUUCAAUUUAUUUUACUAUUGAAUAAAUCAUUCAAACUACUAAUUUUAAAGAAUAAUAUAUUGAUGCUUUAUACGAAAAUGAAAGACUAUGUUUAGAAUCAUUAUAACAAACAUUUUCAUCUUAAUUUGAUCCAUAUUUAUCACUCUAUAAUUUGUUUAAUUUAUAAAGUUUAUGUCUCCAAUAAUUUGAGACAGAUUAAUUUAUUUUAGAUGUAAAUCAAUGUUCUGUAUUAUCUGGAGGUAUAUUAGAUAGAGGUUUAAGAAAUUCAAUUACUUCCUUAGCCUUAUGGGCUAGUAAUACACUUACUACUGAUAUAAAAGUUUUGGAUAGUCCAUAAAUCAAAAAUUAUAUUGAAUAAGUCUAUUAUAUUGAUUAAGCUAUUGUUUAUUUAAAUAAUUAAUAUGCUUCAGGUAUGAUAGAUUUUGUUGAUUCCGAACAAUAAAUAGAAAAAAUUAAAUUUUCUGUUUUUAUAAUUGGAUUAGUAUUCAUCUUUUUAUUCAUUUGGACACCCUAUAAUAAAGAAAUGAGUAGAUAAAUUUGGAGAACAAAAGGAAUGUUAAAUAUGAUUCCAUUUGAAAUGAUUAAGGCUUAAGAAAAUUUGAAAAAUGCUUUUCUAAAGGGAAACAUUAUAGCAGCAGUUAGAUGA